AUGGCCGCGCCGAGCCCGGGGCCCCGGGAGGUGCUGGCCCCCUCCCCAGAAGCUGCAGGCAGAGCAGCCACCUGGAGCUCUGGCCGCCGGGGCCUCCUCUGGCGUCUACGAGACAGGCAGGUGCGCCUGGGCCUGUUUGAGAUCGACCCAGGGCACGAGCUGCACCAGCUGACAUGUAUGAUGCAGGCAGGGCUGUGGGCUGCCACCCAGGUUUCCAUGGACCAUCCGCCCACAGGGCUGCCCACUGAGGAGGAUUUCUCCGAGGUCCUGACCCAGGUCCAUGAGGGCUUCGAGUUGGGCACCCUGGCCGGCCCGGCCUUCGCCCGGCUCCGCCGCUCCCUAGGCCUGGCCGAGGAGGACUAUCAGGCCGCGCUGGGCCCCGGUGGCCCCUACCUGCAGUUUCUCAGCACCUCCAAGAGCAAGGCCAGCUUCUUCCUGUCCCACGACCAGCGCUUCUUCCUGAAGACCCAGCGGCGCCGGGAGGUGCGGGCGCUGCUCGCCCACCUGCCCCGCUACGUGCAGCACCUGCAGCGGCACCCGCACUCUCUGCUCGCGCGGCUGCUGGGAGUGCACAGCCUGCGGGUGGCCGCGGGAAAGAAGAAAUACUUCAUCGUCAUGCAGAGCGUCUUCUACCCCGCCGGCCGCAUCUCUGAGAGGUAUGACAUCAAGGGCUGUGAGGUGAGCCGAUGGGUGGAACCGGCCCCUGAGGGCAGCCACCUCCUUCUGGUGCUAAAGGACCUCAACUUUCAGGGCAAGACCAUCAACCUGGGGCCCCAGCGGACCUGGCUUCUCCGCCAGAUGGAACUGGACACCGCCUUUCUCCAGGAGCUCAACGUGCUGGAUUACAGCCUCCUGAUGGCCUUCCAGCGCCUCCAUGAGGACGAGCGCGACCACGGCAGCAGCCUCAUCUUCUGCACAGCCAGAUCUAUGCAAGGGGUCCAGGGUCCCCAACAGCUGGAAACCCAGAACCGCCGGCUGCUGCCGGAUGCCUCCAACGCCCUGCACAUCCUGGAUGGGCCGGAGCAACGCUAUUUUCUGGGGCUCGUGGAUCUUGCUACGGUAUAUGGGCUUCGCAAGCGGCUGGAGCACCUAUGGAAGACGUUGCGCUACCCGGGCCGGACCUUCUCCACCGUCAGCCCAGCUCACUACGCCCGUCGACUCUGCCAGUGGGUGGAGGCUCACACCGAGUGACCAGACCCGGCCCCGCUCUCCCCAUCUGGACAAUGGGUGCAGUUUGGAAACCUUGGUUCCAACUGGCGGGCACAGCGGGUCGGCUCCCCUUGCCCGCCGUUCCUCCGAGUGGCCUCCAGAGGGCAGCAUUCCCUCACUAAAUAAAGACUCGGCCUCGUUUGCGGCGUGGUGUGCCCCGCACGGUGCCAGGGGUUCCCCCACAUUCACUCAUUUAAUCCUCCCAAAGUGCUAUUAUUCUCUCGUUACAGACCAUGAAACGGAGGCCCAGGGGAUGAAGGGACUGAGUAAGAUCAUUCAGCAAUAAAUGCUGGAGCCAGGACUCAACUUUCGAACUCAAGAGCCUGUUUCUUCCCACCUGCCCCUGCAGCCCUGCCCUCAUGCUCAGGGAAGUGGGGGAGGUGGUGGCUCCAGUCCAGUCCCUUGGCGUCCAGACGGGGAAACUGAGGCCCACAGACUUGAGGGGCGUACACACGGCAGACUGCAGCCGCGGCUGAUCCCAGUCCAAUCUGAGCAUGCCCAAGGGGGCCGCUCUGGGGCCUGGCUGUGACCAGGGCACACUGCUAGACCUCUCUGUGCCUCGGUGGUCUGAUCUAUAAAGUGGAAAGAAUGAAAAGGAACAUUGUUAUCUCAUUAAAUGUGUUGCGCACCUGC